CUGCACAAACGAAAGCGUGUUUCAUUUUUAGUCUCUCUCUCUCUCUCUCUCUCUCUCUCUCUCUCUCUCGCGUUUAAACAAAAAAUCUCUUCCGUAUUACACCGUAACCAAAAUCCGUGUACACUCCGAGCUAUUCAAGAUUUGCACUCGCAUGUGCUCCUUCUAGGGUUCUCCAUAGUACCAUUCCCCUCUCCUCCUCCAAACCCUACUUCGAAACCACUAAGAAUCCUAGAUUUGAAGCGGAACAACCCCCUCAUCGCACGAAUCCGAGGUCGAAACCCUAGCUUCGGCCCCGGAUCGAUCGAAAUCGGAGAAAAGUAGCUUCGAUCCACCGUAAAGGCGCGAUCUUUGGGUCCGCUUGUAGAGGAAGAUGAGUAGUAGUAAGAAGGCGGAGGAGAGGAACGAGAAGAUCAUCAGGGGACUCUUGAAGCUCCCACCAAAUAGGAAAUGCAUCAAUUGCAACAGCUCGGGUCCUCAGUAUGUUUGCACAAGCUUCUGGACGUUCAUAUGUUUGACAUGUAGCGGCGUACAUCGUGAGUUUUCUCACCGUGUGAAGUCAGUGUCAUUGUCCACAUUCACCAAUCAAGAAGUUGAGGCUCUUCAAAGGGGUGGUAAUCAGCGAGCUAGAGAAAUAUUUUUGAAAGAUUGGGACUCACAGCAAAUGAGAUUGCCUGAUAGCAGCAAAAUUGACAAACUUAGAGAAUUCAUAAAAAAUGUUUAUGUGGAUAAGAAAUACGCUGGAGGGAGAUCCACCGAUAAGCCUCCUAGAGACACGCAGAAUCAUAGGAACCAUGAAGAACAUAGGAGAGCAAGUUCCUACCAUUCUUACUCUCAGAGCCCACCGUAUGAGUAUCAAUAUGAAGAAAGACGCUAUGGAAAGCAAACUGGAAUGCUGAGUAGGAAGCCUGGUUCAGAUCGUGGCAAUUAUGAAGGGAAGAUCUCCAGCUUUAUAUGCAGUCCGGGAAGUCAGCGAGAUCAAAAUUAUGAGGACCGAUUUGCCAAUGAGAGUUGUGGGUCAAGGAACUCGGACUACUCGGUCUCAAGCUGUGGCGAUCCAUUUAGAGUUGAUGCUCAGUCACCUAAUUUUCAGGAAGCUGGGUAUAGCAGCCCUCCUUCACAGCCAGUAAGGGAUAUCCUGAUUGACAAUGCUAGGCCUCACACCACAAUUUCAUACUCCCAAUCAACUGUCAAAAGCGAGUCAAAUGGUAUUCACCGUUCACAGAGAACUGCGUCAUCAGGAAGCUUUGGAUCUUUCGACUCUACAUCUCCAAAGUCAGCAAAUUCAGGUAGCUUAUUUGAUACGGCCCUUGAGCCUGAGCAUGCUUCUGUAACCCAGAAAAACGAGAGUUCUGCUGCGUCUCUUUCCUUUCCUAAGUUACCUUCUGCUGCCGAUGCUACAAGUCAGGAUCUCUUUAAUCCAUCAGUCGUGAAACAGCCACUCGGUCCCUCAGAUCCACCUGUGGAUUUGUUUGCCAAUAUCAACUCUCAUCCUUCGUCUACCCUUUCUGUUGAAAAUUUGGGAUGGGCUACAUUUGACUCACCUCCAAAAGUACCUACUUCGGAAGUUAAUAAGCCUCUACCUUCUACUCUUCCUUCUCCGGAAGAGAAACCUAAGGGGAAUGGUAGUUUGUUUCCAAAAAUGCCAAAUAAUUCGCCAUGGUUUUCUGCAACUGUAGCUCAUGAUCCUUUUCCCGGUCUAUCUAAUGGGGGAUCUCAUGAAGUCAAAGGAUCCACCGAAACAACUAAUGCUGAGUCCUGGAAGGCUUUUGAUGAUACUAGUGUGGGCGGUCUAACCACUUUUCCUGGGACUCUCCCACAGACCCUUUCUGGUCCUCAUGAUGAUAAAUUAUCUGAUAAUACAAAUUACAAUUCUCAGUCUUGGAAUACUUUUGAUGAUCUUGGCAAGAGCAUUCCUCAGAAUUUGUCUUGGACUCUCCCACAUGUUAGUGAAAUACAAACUUCUGUCAGCAUGCCUCAAGCGACAAAUAAUCCCUUUACCGGCAAUAACGUUGCAGAAGUGUCUUCUAAGGAUGCAUUCCAAAAAUUAUCUUUAGAUCAAUUUGCUGCUUUUAGCGCACCCUUUGAUGUUGUAGGUGAUUCAUUUCCUUCAUCUGCAGUUCCUUCAGUGGCAGGGAGCACUCGAGAACAAAAGUCAACUAAUCCAUUCGAUCUUCCAUUUGACUCGGACUUGGAAGCUGAUAAUAUGUUUAUGGAUAUGAGCUCAUUGAAAGAAGCAUUGCCGGAUCCUGAGUUGCCUGCUGCUUUCCUCGAUAAUCUAUCUGAAACAUGGUUUCCCCAUAACUCGAUCACAACUUAUAUUCCAUCUGUACCUCAAGGUGGACUAGCAUACCUUGCAGGGCCGGUUUCUGGCGCCCAAUUGCCGAACAUAACUUCACAGGCCGCUGUGGCAUCUCUCGGUGGGAAUCCUUUUGCCUAGGAAGUAGCAGAUUUAAGGAUAAUCUCUGAGGGCACCUAGUUGAUAUUGGGAUUUGAUUAAUCUGGAGAUCCAAUUAUUAUAACCAACUUGGAAAGAGUGAAAGCGAAUCGCUUUGGACACCUGCGGCUCCUUUUCUAUUGAUGCCAAUAUAUUGCAAGCUUGGUUACAAAGUUUCUCAUGAGGGCAAUUCACAUUACCUGCGGAAACUAUCUGCUUUUUAUUCACUCUACGUCAACGGAGUGCUAACGCAGAUAAAUGUAUCAGCAAGAGUGGUUUGUCGACUGAAGACUCUGGAUGAUGCCGCAACCAGCCCUAGGCAACUAUUAUAGAUUCUUGCUUUUUAUUUAAUUUGGCUCGGUAAACAGUAUUUCAGAUUAUUUGUAAGAUAAUUGCAGUUAGAUGGACACUUAAUUCUCGCAUAUUCGGAGAGCAUUUUCUUCUGAUGGUAUGUUUGUUUUCUGUAAACCUAAACCUCUGCUAUGUCGACUUCAUGCUAUAUGUUUUGAAUUGCUAAACUCUGGUAAGAACCUUGGAAACCUAGAUUAAUAUGAUGGACUCUGCAAUGUUGGCGAGAA